UAAUCUCUUUCUCUCCACUUUUCUCUCUUAAUUUUUAUUUUCUUUCACUUUUUCAGUCUACCAAACACAGCAUUUAACGGAGAAGCUGAUGACGCCUUCUUCUGCCUCUGCGCUUUGACCUUUUUUUUUUGCAUAUUUAUUUGUUUAUUUAUAUUGUUUCACUUUUCAGUUUCUGACCAAAAAAAAAAAACUGUUCAAUUCAACCAUGGCUUCUUCUGAUCGCCAUUUUGACAAGGUUCACCAUAUUUUCAAUAGUAUUCUUGAACAAACUCCUGGGAACACCAAGUUACAAAUUCCAAAGGCAUUUUGGGUGAAAUAUUGUGACUCCUUAUCGAGUCAAGUAAAGCUUCCAUGUGGAUCAACAGAGGAGGUAGGGUUGACCAAAAGUAGUGAUGGAAAGGAGCAUAAUGUUGAUAUUGAUGAUUCUAAUGAAGAUCCAGACUUUUCAUGGUUUUCUAAAACCAGAGACAAGUCUCCAUUACCUUGUUCUCGGCCCCACAAGAAAAGGAAAACUAGUCCUUAUGGUAAAUCUGAAGUGAAGUUUGAUUUGUCAGAUAACAUAAGUGGAGAAUCUUCCCUACCAAGAUGGAAGGAACCUCAAAAUAUUAUGAGGAAGCAAAUGUUUACUGGAAAAGAAAAGGCUGAAGCUCUUACGAGAGCUAAAGGUUUUAAGUCUGAUGAUCCAUUUUUCAUCGUUCUCAUGCAACCAUCGUUUGUUGGAGCUUCGUAUAAUAUGGCUAUACCAUUCCUCUUUGCAAAAAAUCACCUCCGUCUCAGUAAGCAUGAAGAUGUGAUCCUUAAGGUUCAGGAUGAGCGGAUUUGGCCUGUUAGGUACUAUUAUAGAAAGUAUAAAGGAGGUUCGCAAAUCAGAUUUGAGUGGGGUUGGAAGGCCUUUGUUAUAGACAAUGAUUUGAAAGUAGGUGAUGUUUGUGUCUUUGUUAAGAGAAAGAACAUUGGGAUACUGUUAUUUGAAGUUGUUACUUUCUAUAAGAAUGAAGUACCAAAUUCUUUUGUAUUACCAGUUGCAAAUAACAGAACCUCUUGUGUGAAAGUUGAACCUUCUUUUACUAGCAAUAAUUAUGAUAAAGCAAGUAUGAUUUCACAUGAAAUAAUUGCAAAGAAAGAAGUAAUUGAACCUUCAGAUAAAGCAUGUGGAGAAUCUCCUGUACCUGAAAAGUUUAUAAGAAAUCAGAAGUUGAGUAGAAAGGAAAAGGCUGAAGCUUUCCAGAGAGCGAUAGAUUUUAAAUCCGAAGACCCCUUUUUCAUCGUUCCCAUGCAACCAUCAUCUGUUGGAUUCAAAUCCAGAUAUAAUUUGGUUAUACCAUCUUUCUUUGUGAAAAAGCACCUCUUCAGCAUCAGUAGUGGUCCUCAAGAUGUGAUUCUUACGGUUCAGGAUGGAAGGACUUGGUCUGCUAAGUACUAUGUCCAUGUCAGACCACAUGGAAUAUCUUCGACAUUCAGGAUCGAGAGUGGUUGGAAAGCAUUUGUUCAAGACAAUGACUUAAAAGUUGGUGAUGUUUGUGCCUUUGUUUUUAGAAAAAGCAUUGGAAGAAUCUUAUUCGAAGUGGUUAUUUUUCAUAACAAUGGAGUAGCAAACUCCCCUAUGGCUAUGUUACCAAUACCAGCUGCAAAUAAGAGAAGUUCAACUACACCAUCCAAGCCAAAGAUAACCCCUUGUGUGAAAGUUGAACCUUCAUUUACUAGUGAUUAUGAUAAAGCCAGCAUGAUUUCGGAGGACCUAAUUGUAAAGAAAGAAAUAGUUGAAACUUCACUUAACAAGUCAGAUGAAGUCUGUGGAGAAUCUCCUGUACCUAGAAAAUUUAUAAGAAAUCAGGAGUUGAGUAGAAAGGAAAAGGCUGAAGCUUUCCAGAGAGCAAAAGAUUUUAAAUCUGAAGACCCCUUUUUCAUUGUUGCCAUGCAACCAUCAUUUGUUGGAUCUAAAUCCAAGUAUCGGAUGGGUGUGCCAUCUUUCUUUGCAAAAACGUACCUGAUCAGUAGUAGUCCUCAAGAUGUGAUCCUUAAGGUUCAAGAUGGGGGGACUUGGUGUGUAAAGUACCAUGUCAGACCGCUAGGAGUAUCUUCAAAAGCAACAAUCGAGAGUGGUUGGAAGGCAUUUGUUCAAGACAAUGACUUGAAAGUUGGUGAUGUUUGUGUCUUCGUUUUGAGAAAGAGCAGUGGAGUAAUAUUAUUCGAAGUGGUUAUUUUUUAUGACAAUGGACUAGCGAAUUCCCCUAUACAACAAAUACCAGCUGCAAAUAAGACAAGUUCAACUCCUUGUGUGAAAAUUGAACCUUCAUCUACUAGCAAUAAUUAUGAUAAAGCCAUUAUGAUUCCACAUGACAUAAUUUCAAAUAAAAAAGUAAUUGAACCUUCAGAAAAGUUUACAAAACCAGUAUCUGAAGAAAAUACUGGAAAUCAAGGCACUAAUAAUAAUAAGAGGCCUUCAUCUUCUGGACUUGGCAUAGCUUCUGAAGCAGCCAUAAAGUUCUUCUCAGACAAUCCUUACUUCCAAGUAAAAUUGAAACCAUAUAACCUGCGUGGACAUGCACAAGUGUAUAUUCCAUUGGCUUAUGCAAACCCUUGGUUUGAGAAAAAGCCACAAACUGUCACUCUUUGGGUUGCUGAGGAUUAUUGGCAUGUGACUGUAACUCUUAAUAAGGCAUCAAACAUUGGUGGAUUAGAGUAUAGAUUUUCUGCUGGAUGGCGUGCAUUUGCACGAGACAACUCUCUUAACCCAACUGAUGUAUGCAUCUUUGAGCUGAUUAAGAAGAAUAAACCUGAGAUUAAAGUUACUAUAUUUAGACAAAGUGAAAGUAGUAUGGCUCAAGAAUAAAUUGUUGUAAUUAUGUUGCCAAAUUUUCUACUCAUUUAAUUAGGUAGCUAAAAUUGUCCCUUAAUUAAUGUCAGGACUAAAAUGGUUGUAAAUUUGUGAUUCUGUUAAGCCAUGCCCAUUUGAUUUCUA